AGUCCGUUACUAUACGUCUGCGAAAAAGCCUGUACCUACAAAGAAUGCCUAUAAGAGGCGAAGGAACCGCGCACCGCGUCCACAUAUAACCUCGCCGAGACCUUGUAUACCACGCAAGGACACGGACAUCGCAGCCCCUACGCGAAAAACCUCCCGCCAUUUUCAAACUGACUGGCCGGCAAGAAAGUUCUCCCAAUAGAUUAAACUUAAUAAAAAAAAAAUUCUAAUUCUAAAGUGUUUAAGUGAUAUGGAAAAUUGUUUGUGAAACUUCAGAUUGGUUGAAAAAAUGCAUUCGUCAUAGAAGAACAUCUAUUACAGAAACAUGUACAUGGCCAACAUGGAACUUCACGUCAUAAUGCACUACUUGCCUCUUCUGCUGGUUCUUUUAGCCGUAGAAGCCUUCGAAUUGAAUACUAGUGAGACAGAAUCCAGUCGCGCUCCACGGAGCAGCCGAAGAGUGGUCAGGCUCUAUUCUGGAAUGAGGCCUGAGCCUAUAGCCUGUCUCGGCGAAGGUUUGCAAUCAGACCCAGUCAACUGCGCAGUUUUCUAUCGGUGUAUGAAGUCCGGCAGAGGAAGAUAUAUGUCAUUUAAGUUCCAAUGUGCACCGGGAACAAUAUUUGAUCCAGAUACUCAAGGUUGCAACCAUCCAUCUGCUGUUAAAAGAUCUAAUUGUGGAAUUGAUAAUGUCGUAUCAAUACACGAACAAAUACAUGACAAUGCGAUAGAAGACAUCAAACAAGAACUUCCAUCACCAAUUACUACAAAGUUACCACUUAAUACAAAUUUAUUUGGUAGUUCUGCAGCACCUCUAUGGUUAACCUCUUCGCAGCGACAAGAUUUAUCAACUUCUAUCCCAUGGCUUACUUCUGCGCAUAAUCAUAACCAGAUUAACACUAUUUCAUCGGAGCAAUCAACGCAUAAAACAUCCAAUGAUAUAAUCAGAAGACAAAAUACUGUUUCAGGACAGCAACAGACUCGGAAACAAAGAUCGACUACUCCUAGAAUGUCUCCACUCUCUCAUAUACCUAGCGCACAGAUUGGUGAUUUGUGUUCCUCUGAAGGAUUUAUGGGAGAUAGCGAAAACUGUCGCAAAUUCUACAGGUGUAUAAGUAACUUACGUGGAGGUUAUAUUAGGUAUGAGUUUAUGUGCACUGAAUCUACUAUUUGGGACGAUGAUAUACAAUCUUGUAACCAUGCAUGGGCUGUUAAAAAAAGACGUUGUGGUCGAGGCAAUAUAAAUGAUGUUUCUGACGAAACAAAUAAAAACCAAGAUAUACAUAAUGAUGACUUAACAAGCAGAGUAACACCAAAUAUCAAUCUGGUACAACAAACCUUUUCAACGUUACAAACUCAAGGAAGCAGUAGUUAUAGUACAAAUAACCCAUUACUUAUUGUCAUGAAUUCGGCUACAACAACAACUACUACAACUAAAAAUCCAAUAACGCCGAAUCACCUUUUUAACAUAAGGCAAAGUCAAGAAUUUGUGUCUAGUACUGACAAACGAACUUCGACUCAAAAUGAAAGAGAUGAUGUUGGUUAUUAUAAUAGGAAAGGGCAACACGAUGAAUCAUCUAGUUCCAUCGAAUGUUCUGAAAAUGGAUUUAUGGGAGAUAAAAAUGAUUGCAAGAAAUUCUAUCGAUGUGUUGAUAAUGGUAGGGGAAGUUAUACUAAAUAUGAAUUUUCUUGUGGAGAAGGCACAGUUUGGGAUACUAGUAUAGAAUCUUGUAAUCAUGCUUGGGCUGUUAAAGAAUGUGGAGAAAAAGGUACAAAAGUUCCUAUUCAAGGCACUACGGCAAUAACAUCAAAACCAGGUAACACUACUUCUACAUCUACGCAAUCUACUCCAAAUUAUAUAUCUAUAGCGCAAACUACAAUAGAGGAAAAUGAUAAUAAUGGAUAUGGAAAUCAAAAUCAAGAAACAGAAUCAACAAAGACAGAACCACCAUCUUCUAUCAGUACAACGACGCUUAUUAAUAAACCAGGAAAUGAUUGUACAUCUAGUGGAUUUAUGGGAGAUGAAUAUGACUGCAAAAAAUUCUAUAGGUGUGUAGAUAACGGCGAUGGUCAUUACACUCGCUAUGAUUUUUCUUGCGGUGAAGGAACUGUAUGGGAUUCUGAAAUAGAAGCAUGUAACCAUCCUUGGGCGGUUCAAAAGUGUGGUGGUAGUUCUUCAAUAACAACAGAAAGAACGAAACCAUCAUCAACUACAAUAAAAGAAAUUUACACAACUCAGUCCAUAGAAGUAACACAAAAUGAUGAAUCUGAUGCUAGUUACGGUAUACAACAUGACGAAAGUUCUUCACCGCCAGAAGAUUCAUUAUCAUCGUCUACGUCUAUCACAACAACAAAACAACCGCAGAAUUCUAGCAAUAACUGUACAUCUACUGGUUUUAUUGGAGACAAAUCUGACUGUAAAAAGUUUUACAGAUGUGUUGACAAUGGUUAUGGUGGAUUUACGCGUUAUGAAUUUACGUGCGGAGAAGGCACUGUUUGGGAUUCAAAUAUACAAUCCUGCAAUCAUGCUUGGGCUGUUGAAAAUUGUGGGGGGAAUAUGAACAAUGAUAUUAAUAAAGAAGAAGUAACAACUAGUUCUGUAACAACGACUUAUUCUACAACUACAACAACUACAAGCCACGAUAAUGAGAUCGAUACAGGCUAUGGGCAGUCUUCCAGUCAGUCAACCAUAGCAUCAUCAACUGAACGUCCAUCCCAAGUAUAUGAAGUAUCAACAAGUGAAUGUAAAGACAGUGGCUUUAUGGCUGACAAGAAAAACUGUAAAAAGUUUUAUAGGUGCGUUGAUAACGGAAACGGUGGUUAUAUAAGAUAUGAAUUUAUUUGUGGCGAAGGAACUAUAUGGGAUCAAGAAAUACAAGCUUGUAAUCACGACAAUGGUCGCUCAUGUACCGAACAAAAUCAUGAGUCUAAUACCAAAGAACCAGAAUAUAGUAAUGAAACUGAAAAUGUAAAUGAAUUGUCAUCUACUACGAACUCUGUUAAAACUACGACAAUGUCUUCUUUUACAGAAUCAACACAAAUUCAAUCAUCUCCUGCAGAUUCUAACAAUGAUACGUGUAUCUCAGAAGGUUUUUAUGCGAAUUCUAUGGAUUGUAAAAAAAUUUAUAGGUGUGUUGAUAAUGGAAAAGGAGGAUUUACUAAAUAUGAGUUUACUUGUGGAGAUGGAACGAUGUGGGUUCAGGAUAUACAGGCAUGUGAUCAUAUAGAUGCUGAUUCAAAUUGUUCAAGUUAUACUUCUAAACCCCCGCAAUCUGAAGAUAAUCAUUCAACUACAGGACAACAAUCGUCAUCCAUCUCUACUGAAGCAUCGACGACAGAUUAUACUGAAAAACCUCAUGAUGAAUACCAAGAAAACAAAUCAAGUAAACCGAUACAAGAAAAUGACAAUUGUUCAUCAGAAGGAUUUUAUCCAAACAGGAACGAUUGCAAGAAGUUUUAUAGAUGUGUUGACAAUGGGCAAGGAAGUUUUACAAAAUAUGAUUUUAGCUGUGGCGAAGGCACAGCUUGGGAUAAUGAUAUUCAAACAUGUAAUCAUAUUAGUGAAGUAGAGAGAUGUCUUAGUGGGGGCCAAGAAGAAACUCAAAAUAAACCCAUGCAAGAUGAAGGUGUAUCUCCAAAUUCAGAAAGUAAUGCUCCAACAACUGAUAAAACGACUACAGAAUCAUCAGAAAGCAAUGGGAUAUCAAGUACAGAUUCCUGUGAAUCUGAAGGUUAUUUUGGGAACAAACAAGACUGUAAAAAAUUCUAUCGAUGUGUCGACAAUGGUAAUGGAGGUUACACAAAAUACGACUUUGAUUGUGGUGAAGGAACAAUAUGGGAUCAAGAUAUAACAACUUGUAAUCAUCCACAAGAUGUUGUUAACCCAUCUUGUAAACAACAAUCUGGAGCGAGUUCAUCAUCGGCACCAUCUUCUUCAUCGACGCAAUCUAGUAAUGCUGAUAGUACAAGUCAGUCACCGACAAAUUGCUCCCAAGAAAAUACAACUAAAAAACCAGAUAAUCAAAAUGUUACUUGUGAAAAAGCGGGUUAUUAUGCUAAUCCAAAUGACUGCAAGAAAUUCUACAGAUGCGUAGAUUGGGAUGGAAAUGGUGAAAAAUUUUCUGUUUAUCAUUUUGAAUGUGGAGAAGGAACUAUAUGGGAUCCAAAUUUAGAUACUUGCAAUCACGAAGAGUCUGUAUAUCCUCCACGAGAUUGCAGUGGUACUCAAUCUCAAAAUGAAAAUAAUGUUCAAGAAAAUUCUACAUCGCAACAAACAACAGAAUCUACAACAGAACAGUCGACAACUACGGAACAAAUGACAACAGAAGGAACAACAACUCAAGAAUCUACCACAAAAGAAAGUACGACAACUGAAAAACAGACAACUACUGAUAGCACUACAACUCAACAACCUGUUACAACAGAAAGUACUACAACUCAGCAAACUACGACAACAGAAGAGACCACUACGUCGACAACUACUGAAGGUAGUACCACAACUGAAGAAACACAACAAACUACAACUACCGAAAAAAGUACUCAACCGACAACUACUGAGAGUUCAACAACGCAGCAAACGACGACUACUGACAGUACGACUGAAAGUACGACUUCUACUGAGCAAUCCACGACUGAAGAAAGUACUACGCAACAGUCAACUACAAGUCAGACAAGUACAACAGAUUCUUCUGAAACUACUGAAAGUAGUACGAGCACAGAUGAAACUACUGAAAAUCCUUCAUCUACUACAGAGACUACGUCAACAACUGAACAGAAAGAAGAUGAGUCAACUACAGAGAGUAGUAGCACUGAAGGAACAUCUUCAGAACAAGAAUGUCCUGACACUGAUGAAGAUCAAUAUUUAUAUGUAUGUCCUACAUCUUUCAGAAGGCAUCCUAAAUAUUGCAACAUGUUUUAUCAAUGUACAGAGGAUGAUGAAAAUCACGAGCCGAAAAUUGCAGUAUUUACUUGUCCAAAUAAUACUAUAUAUGACGAAAGUCAAACACAAUGUGUUGAAGAAAGUAAGGCGGAAAAGAAAUGCAAAGGACAAAUAGCACAACGUCGAAGAAUAAAACGAUUUGAAAAAUAUUACAAAGAACCAAUUGUGGUUGGAAAGGAAAGGUUUUCUUGCUCGACUACGGGUAACUACCCAUUUGAGAAAACUAGUGAAUGUUCACCAGCUUUCUUUAAGUGCCAAAAAGCAAAAUCUGGUCAUUUGCGUGGAUAUGUUCAUAAAUGUCCUGAAGGCUAUUUGUACUGGAGUAUCAGUAAGAGAUGUGAAAGGAAGGAAAAUUUAAAAGACUGCAAGACUUCGUCCAAUGAUUGGAGCAGAAGAUGGGAAAUACCCGUAGAACGUAAAAAUAUAGCAUUAUAAAAUUUGUUCUUAAUGUAAAUCUAGGUAUAUACUAGUUAAGAACAAAUUUUUGAUAAGAAUCGACUACUGCAACUCCAAGCCGAACCAAUGCUACCGCAAAACACUACCAUAUGUUAAUAUUAUUAAGAUAUUUUGGUAUUUAUCAUGGCACGAACGUGAAAAACAAUGUAAUUAGUUUAAAUAGUAAUAUAAUCUAGUCUUCUCAAGUAUCAUUUAAUGAGACAGUAAUUUACGCUGCCAUAUGGUCUAAAAUACUCUUAAGAAGUUUAUAUAGGUAACUUGUGAACAAGAUAUUGCAAAAAAUAAGAACAAUAUUUUGAUCACGACUUAAUAAAUCAUAAGAUACUAUAGAUAUAAAAAAUACGAUAUUAUAAGGUACCUAUUUAAGUAGUAAGUACAAUAGAAUCACGCUUAUUAGGAUUUUUUGCAUAUUAGGCUAUUUUACGUCAGUCGUUAAGACAUAUUUUCUUCUACGCCUGCAAAGCACAGUGGUAAAAUUAGAAGUUGAAUUAAAAAUUCAGUAUAUUUACAGUUAUGUCAAAAUUGUAUUCUAUUCCUAACAAAUAAAUAUGAAAAAUAAAAAGUAAA